ACACAGGAGGAACAUUUCCUGUCGCCAUCGGCCAUCGUUUUGGCUCUUUAUCUGCUUCUUCUUACCCUUCUUUUCCCACAUUGAACAUUUUCUUACGCUGCGGUAACAACAACAGCAACAACAAAUAACAUCAGCAGCAAUCGAAAAACAUUAAUUUGUUAGGGUUGAUUUUUCACCACGUGGUGGCACACGGAGACGGAGGCACACAUACAAAAAAUAAAAAAUUAAGUCAAAGAGUCGUAGAAAAGGGCAAAGAAUUAGCAAAAGAAAACAUAAAACAUAUAAUUAAAUAAAGAAGUCAUCAGUUCAUGGUUUAUUUGUGAGAGGCACAGCUCCUUCGAAGGCACACACCCCAGCGAUAUGAUGGCCAUACAGACUAUCCACGUGCAAAAUGGUGGCGGCGGCGGAUGUGAGGUGCAAUCGAAUGGAGUGACCACCAAUGGGCACCACCAUCAUAAUCACCACAACAGCCACCACAGCAGCAGCAGCGGCGGAGGCAGUGGCAGCAGUAGCAAACAUAAAUCCUCCAGCAAGGACAAGCACCGUGAUAAGGACCGCGAACACAAGAGUUCCAGUUCCAGCUCGUCGAAGGAUCACAAAAGCAGCAGUCGCGACAAGGACAAGCACAAGAGCAGCAGCAGCAGCAGCUCCUCGUCAAAGCAUAGGGACAAGGAGCGCGAGGGUGGCGGCAGCAGCAGCAGCACCAGUAAUUCGCACCGCAGCAGCUCAUCGUCCAGUCACCGGGACAAAGAUGGAAGCAGCAGCAGCAAGCACAAGUCGUCAUCAUCAUCGUCUUCUGGGCACCACAAGAGCUCGUCCCGCGAUAAGGAGCGACGGGACAAGGAUAAGGAUCAUCGCAGCAGCAGCAGCAGCUCCUCGAGCCGCGACAAGCAUCGCGAUCGCGAUCACAAAUCUUCAUCUUCGUCGUCAAGCUCCCGUGAUAAGGAGCGCAGUCACAAAAGCUCCUCGUCCUCCUCAUCGAAGAGCAAACAUUCCAGUUCGCGUCACAGCUCCUCCUCACAGUCGAAGGAUCCUUCCUAUGAUGGUGUGUUCGUAAAGCCGGAGCCCGUCUCACAGCCAGCGCAUGACCACAUCAACCACACAGCAGAUCUCUUCCAUCUGCAGCACCAGCAACAGCAACAGCAGCAGCAGCAGCUGCUGGAUGUCCCCGAUUCUGCACUCUGCAAUGGCCUUAGCAGCGGCAGCAGCAGCGGCGACCUCGGUGGCCAUGUCCCUGGCAGCGGCAUCGGCGUCGGUGGCGGUGUCUAUAAAAACGGAUACGAGGAGAAUGUUAUGGUUAUCAAAAAGGAGGAUGAGAGCUUCAAUCUGUCGCAGGCCAGCUCCUGUGACUACUCCAUGUCCCAGUUCCGAGCCGAUGAGCCACCGUUCACAGUCAAGCAUGAGGAUAGUACCUACAACGAGGAAGAUAGUACCAUGAACGAUAACGAUAACGAUGAGGAUGAGGAGAUGGCCGUCGACGAAGAUGCCGACGAUGACGAGGAGGAUGUACCCCUGGCCAUGCGCAAGCGCAAGCAGGAGGCACCAGAUCACAGCCAGAGCCACAGCCACAGCAGCAGCCACAGGGCCCACCAUGAUGGUAACGAUGACGAUGAUGACAUUCCCCUGCUGGCGCGCAAGAAGGUCAAAAAGGAGCACAAAGAGAAGUCCAACAAAAAGAAGCGUAUCAAAGAGGAGGCCGACGACGAUUACGGCAGCAGCAAGCACAAAAAAAAGAAAAUCAAGAAGGAGUCUUCCGAGAUCAAGACCGAAGUUGUGUCUCCCACCAAGCGCAAGGGUGCCAAGGAGGAGGAGGAAGAAGUGUGGAGAUGGUGGGAGGAGGAGAAGCGCGAAGAUGGCGUCAAAUGGUCAACGCUGGAGCAUAAGGGACCGGUAUUUGCACCGCCGUACGAACGUGUGCCUCGCAAUGUGCGCUUCUUCUAUGACGGGCGACCGUUGGAUCUGUCCGAGGAGACGGAGGAGGCGGCCACCUUUUAUGCGAAGAUGUUGAAUCAUGAUUACUGCACCAAGGAUAUAUUCAACAAUAACUUCUUCAAGGACUUCCGCAAAUCGAUGACGUCCAAGGAGAAGGAGAUAAUCAAAGACUUCCGCAAAUGCAAUUUCCAAGAGAUGCACGAAUACUUCCAGGCCGAGUCCGAGAAGCGUAAGCAAGCGACCAAGGAGGAGAAGCUGGCCAAAAAGAACGAGAACGAGGCCCUGAUCAAGGAGUAUGGCUUCUGUAUGAUCGAUGGCCAUAAGGAAAAGAUCGGUAACUUUCGUUUGGAGCCUCCAGGACUGUUUCGUGGUCGCGGCGAGCAUCCAAAGAUGGGGAUGAUCAAGCGCCGCAUCGGCGCCUCUGACGUUUCGAUCAACUGUGGAAAGGAGUCAAAGGUGCCACCACCGCCGCCUGGCUCGCGAUGGAAGGAGGUGCGACACGACAAUACCGUCACCUGGCUGGCGUCCUGGAUCGAGAAUGUCCAGGGACAGGUCAAGUACAUUAUGCUGAAUCCGUCGUCAAAGCUGAAGGGCGAAAAGGAUCACAUCAAAUACGAGACGGCGCGCCGAUUGGACAAGUCCAUUGAUAAGAUUCGUGCCACCUAUCGCGACGAAUGGAAAUCGAAGGAGAUGCGUGUGCGACAGCGGGCCGUGGCCCUGUACUUCAUCGACAAGCUGGCGCUGAGAGCGGGCAACGAGAAGGACGAGGAUCAGGCGGACACCGUUGGCUGCUGUUCGCUGCGCGUCGAGCACGUUCAGCUGCACAAGGAGCUGAACGACAAGGAGAAUGUGGUCGUGUUCGACUUCCCCGGCAAGGAUUCCAUACGCUAUUACAACGAGGUCGAGGUGGAGAAGCGCGUCUUCAAGAACCUCGAACUCUUCAUGGAGCACAAGAAGGAGGGCGACGAUCUAUUCGAUCGCCUCAAUACCCAAGUUCUGAACGAGCAUCUCAAGGAGCUGAUGGACGGACUCACGGCCAAGGUGUUCCGCACAUAUAACGCAUCGAAAACGCUCCAAAACCAACUGGAUUUGCUCACCGAUCCGAGUGCGACGGUGCCAGAGAAAUUGCUCACCUACAAUCGGGCCAAUCGUGCCGUUGCCAUUCUGUGUAACCAUCAGCGCUCCGUGCCGAAGGGCCAUCAAAAGUCCAUGGAGAAUCUAAAGGAGAAAAUACGCGCCAAGCGCGAUGCCAUCGAUGAUUGCGAGUCCGAAUACCAUGAUUUGAAAAAGGCUGCCAAGCGCGGCUCGGUCAAGGAGAAGGUGAAUGCCGACAAGAAGGGCAAGCAGCUGGAGCGUCUGAAGGACCAGCUUAAGAAAUUGGAACUACAAGAGACUGAUAGAGACGAGAAUAAGACCAUUGCCCUGGGCACAUCUAAACUAAAUUAUCUCGAUCCACGCAUAUCGGUGGCUUGGUGUAAAAAGAAUGGAGUACCGAUCGAGAAGAUCUUUAACAAAACGCAAAGAACCAAAUUUCUGUGGGCCGUGCACAUGGCCGAUGAGAAUUAUCGUUUUUAAAUAUAUACUUCUCCUCCGAAUAUCCACACAUGCCCACACCCACACCACCUACUCACACACACUACACACACACACAUGUGCAUAGACAGUGCAGGAUAAGGAUAACACCCUAGCCAAAACCAUGCCCACCAGGGACACCAGGAACACUAGGAACACGCCACAACAGGACGGCACAAGGGACAACCGGAACGGACACGGGUGUUUUAUGCAAACUGUAAUGCAUAUUGAUGGGUAUCCUGUCCACGGUAAUCCGUAUCCGGGGAUGUGUUUGGUGUUUCGUCUGUUUGCCCCCCGCCCAACUCCCCUACCCUCCCCCAUCCCUGGUUAUUUUUUUAUUUCAAAAAGUGCGCCACUCCGCUGAAGUUUAACUUGCGAAUCGUCGUACACUAACUACCCACACACACACACAGACAGACACACAAGCUCACACUUUUAUAUAGAUAUACUACCUAUAUAUGCUAUAUAUAUGGUAUGUGCAUGUGGGCGUAUUCGAUAAUCAGAAAAAAAAAACAACAAAAAACUUAAUUUAAAAGCGAACUUUUUGUAAAUGGAUGACAACAUUCGGUCGUCAUCCGGUGUCGUCUGCUGUCUUAUAACAAACAAAAAAAAAAGCAAAAGAACAUAAUUUUUCUAUGUUAAGCCUUUAAAAAAAAUAAACUUUUUUUUGAAAUAGGUCUU